CAAUAUUUUGGUAGGGUAAGUUGGAGGCGUAAACCAAACAGGCCCUAAAACCCUAGACAAAAGCUCAGCGGCGCAGCACAGCCCAGCCGCCGCGCACCACGCUCUUCCCCCCUCCCUCCUCCGACCACCUUCUCCCGAAACGCACGGAGAUGCUCUCCGCUGCCUUCGCUGUUCACCCCGCCGCCGUCGCGUCGCAGCGGCAUUCUGUCCGCCAGCGCCAGCAGUUCUGCGCUCCAAUCGGCACGGCGACGCCAAGGCGGCGGUUGCCAGUGGCGAUGCUUUCGGUCACCAACGCCGUCGCCACGCAGAGCCGCGAGAGCGCCCCCGCGUCGCCUCGCAAGCUCUCUUUCCCGAUACUGGUGAAUAGUUGCACCGGGAAAAUGGGGAAGUCUGUUGCUGAAGCAGCUGUGUCUGCUGGUCUUCAGUUAGUUCCGGUGUCAUUCAGUGCAAUAGAGGUUCCUGAUGGAAAGCUCAACAUCUGUGACACAGAUAUUCAUAUUCAUAAUCCAUCUGAAAGUGAACGUAUUCUCCGUUCAAUUGCUAAGGACUACCCAGAUAUGAUAGUUGUUGACUACACUGUGCCUGAUGCUGUUAAUGCCAAUGCUGAACUUUACUGCAAACUUGGCUUGCCAUUUGUAAUGGGCACAACUGGUGGAGAUAGGCAACUGUUGAACAAAACUGUGCAGGAUGCGAAUGUUUAUGCUGUGAUAUCCCCACAAAUGGGGAAGCAGGUUGUUGCUUUCCUUGCUGCCAUGGAAAUCAUGGCAGAGAAAUUCCCUGGUGCAUUUGCAGGUUACAAACUAGAGGUAAUGGAGUCUCAUCAAGCGACAAAAUUGGACGUUUCUGGCACUGCCAAAGCUGUAAUCUCUUGCUUUCAGAAGUUGGGUGUCUCAUUUGACUUGAACGAGGUAAACUUGGUUAGGGACCCAGAAGAGCAGCUUGCCAUUGUUGGUGUCCCAGAAGAACAUCUCGCAGGGCAUGCAUUUCACAAUUACCAUCUCACUUCGCCUGAUGAAACAGUAUCAUUUGAGUUCCAGCACAAUGUGUGUGGCCGUUCAAUAUACGCAGAGGGAACUGUUGAUGCCGCCAUGUUUCUCCACACAAAGAUACGAUCUGGGGCGGACAAGAAAUUAUAUGAUAUGAUCGAUGUCCUGAGAGAGGGCAACAUGAGAUGAACAGGGGUAUUUUAGGGUUAGGAGGAGAGCUUAUGCAGCACUGUGAUGGUGUGUUAUAAAAAACUCUUGUUUUGCAGCAAAAUUAGGUCACUGUCCGGAUGUAGCAUCUUUUCGUUGUAAUUGAAUCUUAGAUUUGUUUUACUAGUUAUUAUUGUAACUCUUAUUUACUUCUCGACGGGAAAAAGAGUCGUUUGGGCGAAAUAAAGAGUUAACUUGGGCUUCUGUUUGAGGCCAGAGUUGGCUGUUGUUGUGGCACGAAUGAUGGAAGGCAAAUUCAGUACGAAUAAUAUAUUGUGGAGGUUGAAAUAGUUUGUUAA